GGAGGCUUCAAUGCGUGUUAUAGAUUGGAGCAGUGUGGGGCAUGCAACAGCUGGAAAUACAAGCUGGUAAGGUGCGACGAUUGUCAGUAAUGUGUAAACAUAACCAUUCAUUGGUGCGUGUGUGUGACGUGAAGUGAUGAUUUUUAAAAUAAAACGAACUAACAAAUUGUUACUCAAGUGAAAGCUACUGGACAUAAUUUGGGUUUGAAGUUGUAAUAAGUGAAUUUUCAUGUUUAAUAAAAGAACAUUUCAGUACAGGAUUACAGUGCAUCGGACGUUAGCAAAAUAAAAACGUGUACCCCAUGACGGACUACGAGCGCAUCAGGCGCUCUUGUUUGAAGCGCGGGGAACUAUGGGAAGACCCUGAGUUUCCCGCCACCCAAGCUUCAGUUUUCUAUCACCAGACGCCACCAUUUCAGUUUGUAUGGAAACGUCCUAAGGAACUGUCCACAAGACCAGUUUUUGUUCACGAUGCCCCAGCUCAGUUCGACAUUGUACCGGGGAAAAUGGGUGACCGCUGGCUGGUGUCCUGCCUCGGAGUACUCUACCUCAGCAAAGGCCUCUUCUAUAGAGUCGUACCCGCUGACCAGACUUUCUCGGCCCCUGACCAAUACGCCGGUGUGUUCCGUUUCCGAUUGUGGUGGUGUGGCGAAUGGGUGGAGGUCCUCGUGGACGACCGUUUGCCCACUGUUCACGGACGACUGGCAUUCUUGCAAGCUCACAACUCGGAACAGUUUUGGCCGGGACUUCUGGAAAAGGCUUACGCUAAAUUGCAUGGGUCGUACGAAGCGCUGAAGUACGGGACGCUUCUAGACGGCCUGGCGGACCUCACGGGAGGCAUCACAGAGAGCGUCAGCAUCCGACAGGACCCUACGACCUGCGGACGCAUGCUCAGCAAGCUGCUCGAAAUGACGUCACUCAUCACAUGCACAGUGCAGACAACAUCUACACAAAUUCGAAAUCAGCUUGAGAAAUUGGCAAAUGGGAUCCACAUCGGUACAAAUUAUCGGCUGUAUGCUGUAGAAAGGGUCGAGACAUUCAGUGGUGAGCCUGUUCAACUUGUCAAAUUAAGGAACCCCUUGGGUCCUGGAGGAGAAUAUGUGGGGGCCUGGGCUCGUGAUUCAUUAGACUGGGAUGAAGUGCCGCCACAUGAGAAAGAACGGCUAGCUGUGAGGCAUAUGGGGGAUGGUGAAUUUUGGAUCUCUUAUUCAGACUUUGUGAAGACAUUCACACAUCUUGAGGUGGUUCAUCUGGACAGUGAUACGAGUCGUGAUGAGCCAUCAUUGCAUCAUAAAAACACUUGGCAGAUGCGUCUUUAUCAGGGAGCAUGGCAAAGAGGAGUCUCAGCUGGAGGAUGUAGGAACAAUCCAGAUACAUUUCACAUCAACCCCCAGCUUCAUCUGAUUCUCAGCGAAAUGGAAGAAGUGAUAGUUUCACUGAACCAACACAGCAUCAUGGAACCUAAGGUCAUAGGCUUCACUGCAUAUUCAUUGCCAAAGAACAAUUCUGAAACAAUAGGGAAACAGUUCUUUAAGAAGAACAAGUCCCUUGUCAAUUCUCAAUACACAAACAGUAGACAGGUGAGUCACAGGUGCCAAUUAGAACAAGGAGGAUACCUAGUUCUUCCAACAACAUUUGAACCAGGGCAGGAAUCCAGUUUCACAUUGCGUGUUUACUCCAGCAAACCUCUCAAACUCAAGUUACUUGACACACAGCCGUCAUUAAUAAAAUCAGCCAUCAUUAAGGCACCAGCCACUCUGGAUGGGAAGAGUUUUAGCCAGUAUGAAGCUGUUUUCUUACAGCUGGCCGAUGAACACAGAACAGUAAAUGCCUUUGAACUGCAAGAAUUGCUGGAUGCUUGUUUACCAAAUGAUUACAUAAAGAGUUGUGCCUGCAUGGAGGUGUGUCGGCAAGUCGUUCUUACAUUGGAUACCUCUGGAAGUGGUCGUCUAAAAUUCAGUGACUUCAAGGACUUAAUGUGCAGCCUGAAAUACUGGCAAACAUCAUUCAAAAACCACACAAGAGAGAAAACAGGGAUACUAAAAGCAGAACGACUUAGAGAUGCCUUAUUGGAAGUGGGUUUCCAGUUGAGUACAGAUGUACUUUCAAUUCUCAUUCUUCGCUACAUGAGGAAAGAUGGAACACUUCGUUUUGGGGAUUUUGUGUCUGCCAUUUUACAUCUCAGUGUUGCAUUCAAUUUAUUUGAAUCAAAGGAUCCACUACAGAAUGGGAGUAUAAAACAAAGUCUUGCAGAGUGGCUGAAAUCUUCCCUGACUUGUUGACAUAGUUUUCAAGGACACUGCUGCUUGCAAAUAAAAUGAUUCCCAAAGCUUCAAGUCAGUGCAGUCAUUUCAGAGAAAGUGUGUGUGUUUGUGAAUUAUGAAUAUUUUAAGUAUGACAGUGUAAUUGUGUAAUUUGUGUAUAGUGUAUAUAUUAAUGAGACAUUAAAUAUGUAUGUUGAA